AAAGGAUCCGAUAAAACGUAGUGAUUACGGUAUAUAUUCUCUUUGGGAUCCGAAAUCGCAAACAAAGUUUAUUUUAGCAUUAUUUAUACGCUUUCAUAUAAAAUUUAAACACAAAAUAAUAUUGCAGUGUUAAUCUUCUUUGACUACUCCAAGUUUUCUUAAUAUUCAAAAUGCCCGAGAUCAUGAUACAUGGAAUACCCGUAAAUUUUCCAUUUGAACCUUACGAUGUGCAAAAAGCAUACAUGGAAAGAGUUAUUUUAUGUUUGCAAAAUAACACAAAUGCAUUACUAGAAUCACCUACUGGAACUGGUAAAACUUUAAGUUUACUUUGUUCCUCCCUAGCGUGGCUACUGGUGAAGAAGGCACAGUUACAGAUGAAUGCACAAGUAGGUAACUUUUCUGAACAUGGCGGCUUCAGUGGUAACUUAAAAGAAAAUCUUAAAUCUGGUGCAGGAAAGUCAAAAGAUAGUACAUCAUGGGGUAUGCCUAAAAUAAUUUAUUCAUCCCGGACCCAUUCCCAACUGACACAAGCAAUGCAGGAAUUAAAAAGGUCUAGUUACAGACAUGUGAAAGCAGCAGUCCUAGGAUCUAGAGAUCAAAUGUGUAUCCACCCAGAAGUAUCAAAGGAAUCAAAUAAUAUGAACAAAGUUCACAUGUGUCAAUUAAAAGUAAAAUCAAGAACAUGCUAUUUUUAUAAUAAUGUUGAAUCUAAGAAAGAAGACAGAUCUGUAAAAGGGGAUGAUAUAUUAGACAUAGAGGACUUAGUAUCUGCAGGAAAGAAAUUAAAGUGCUGUCCAUAUUAUUUAUCAAAAGAAUUGAAGCAAGAUGCUGACAUUAUUUUUAUGCCGUACAAUUAUAUUUUGGACCCAAAAUCUAGGAAAGCAAAUGGUGUGGAUCUUUUAAACAAUAUUGUUAUUCUUGAUGAGGCCCACAAUGUUGAAAAAAUGUGUGAAGAAUCUGCAUCUCUGCAGAUCCGGACAACUGAUGUAGCUUUAUGCAUAGAUGACAUAACUCAUGUUAUGAAAUCUUUCAGUGAGACUAGUGAGGAGCAAAUAGAUGUCACUAUUGAUAAUAAUCAGCCAAAAGACUUCACAUGUGAGGACCUCUGUGUUUUAAAAGAAAUGAUGUUGGCAUUUGAAAAGACUUUGGAUGGAAUUGAUGUUGGUUCCGAGGGUUCUACAUUUCCUGGUGGCUACAUAUUUGAGCUACUUUCCAUGGCAGAAAUCAAAGAUCACAAUCAGUUGUCAGUUAUAACAUUAAUGGAAAACCUAAUUCAGUUCCUUUCCACAUCAAGUGCAUCACCUUUUCAAAGAAAGGGACUUGGAAUUCAGAAGAUUGUAGAUUUGCUAAAUGUUGUCUUUAGUGGUACAACCCAUACAUACAAAGAAAGAGUUAAAAUGUGUUACAAAGUACAUGUUCAAAUUGAAGACAAAAAGAAUAACAAGAAGACAGAUAGUUGGGGUGCUUUGAAAACUUCAAACAGUAAAACAGCUGAAAGAGUUCUCAGUUACUGGUGUUUUAGUCCUGGUUUUGGAAUGAAGCAACUCGUUGACCAGAAUGUAAGGAGUGUUAUAUUAACAAGUGGUACCCUAGCUCCUUUGAAGCCACUCAUAUCUGAACUGGGAAUCCCCAUUGGAGUACAAUUAGAAAACCCUCAUAUUGUAAAAUCAAAUCAAAUUUGUGUGAAAAUCAUUCCUCAAGGUCCAGAUUCCGAGCCCCUCAAUUCUAAUUAUCAGAAUAGAGAUAAUCCUAAAUAUAUUUCAUCAUUAGGCAGAACUAUCUUAAGUUUUAGUCGAGUGGUUCCAGAUGGUCUUUUAGUAUUCUUCCCAUCAUAUCCUAUUAUGACAAAAUGUCAGGAAGCUUGGCAAUCUGAUGGAAUAUGGUCUAGUAUAAGUAACAUCAAACCAAUAUUUGUGGAGCCCCAGCGAAAGGACACAUUUAAUUCUAUUAUUAGUGAAUAUUAUAGCAAAAUAAAUGAUCCUAAUACAAAAGGAGCAUGCUUUAUGGCUGUAUGUAGAGGAAAAGUAUCCGAAGGUCUUGAUUUUGCAGACAUGAAUGGAAGAGCUGUAAUUAUAACUGGCUUACCAUUCCCACCACUAAAGGAUCCAAGAAUAAUUUUGAAGAAAAAAUAUUUGGAAGAGCUUAGAGCGAAAGAAAAAGACUUUCUAUCUGGUGAUGAAUGGUAUUCAUUGGAAGCUACAAGAGCAGUUAACCAAGCUAUUGGAAGAGUAAUAAGACAUCAGAAUGACUAUGGUGCAAUUUUGUUAUGUGAUAGUAGGUUCAAUAGUCCCAAAUUAAAAUCACAGCUAUCAGCAUGGUUGAGAGAUCACAUUAAAGUUUCUAAUAGAUUUGGAGAGACUGUUAGUGAAAUAUGUAGAUUUUUCAAGAAUGCAGAAACAUCUUUACCAGCCCCUAGGCUAAAACCACUGCUCCCCGAGGAAGCUAAUAUUAGUACACAUGACUACAAAACAGUUAAUCCAACAGGUGUGUCCUUUCCCACUACAAAUGCCAGGGUUGUCGCUAAAUCCUCCAACAGAAAAUCAGUAAGCCAGUAUCCUAAUUCCAAUGAGGUAUAUGCAGAUUUUUCAAUAGAUUUUUACAAAAAUGCACAAUCAUCAGCUUAUGUUAAUGAAUUUAGACCAAGAGAAACUAGAGAUUUAUUUAGUGCCCUCGAUAAAGUUAAUGAUACAACAGUCCAGCCAAUAUCACAAUCGUUGGUGACUAUUCACAAGAGAAAUGCUGACAGUGUAAGUGCAAGUGCAGUGACCAAAAAGAAGAAAUUAAAAAUAAAGUCAUUUGGUUUUGAAGAAAAUUUAGAAAGUGGGGGUGACAUAAAUGAAAAUCAUAAGGAAGAGAGAACUGCACCAACAUCGUUAAUUGAUUUUGUCAAAGAACUUAAAGCACUCCUUGAUGCUGAAAAAUAUAAAAAAUUUCAAUCAUCUAUUUCUGCAUACAAAAAAGAAGGAGAUUAUACUUUGUUUUUACAAACCAUGUCCGAAUUACUGCAAAAUAAAAGACUUUUUUAUUUGUUUAAAGGAAUGAAAAGAUUUUUGCUUGAUGAUCAUAAAAAUAUGUUUCAAGAAUACUGUGAUAAUGUUAAAUUAUAA